UUUUUACAGUUAAUAAUCACUCUUUCAGAUGGAAUAUGGGAUCUGGAGUUUUCACGCCGCGGGUGAACUUUGGGGUGAUCCGCGUCUCACCCGAAGGCAUCCGAUUCUACCAUCAAGUGCAACACAGUUACUGCCGAGAUCCGCAUUCGCCUUGAAUGGCUUCCAUCGACCAAAUAUGGUGUCAUUACCAUUGACUUCCGUUGGGCUACCAUAUGGACCUAUGGAACUCGUUACAAAACGGAAUAGUGAACGGGAUGUGAAGAACGAAGAGAGAAAAAAGGAGAAACAAGAUGACAACGAAGAAAACAUCGAACGAGCCAACGAAAAUGAUAAUCAGACUUCCGUGCCGAAAGAAAAUAACGACAAUGAAGAUGCUGGAGAGGAAAGCGAUACUGGAAGUACAAAUAGUUCACAUCAUUUAGCUAACAAUAAUUUACCGACAAAAUUGCUCGAUCCUAUGGCUUAUCUGACAUUUGACAAGGAUGGAACAGUUACACCAGUUCUGAAUGGCUGGGUCCUUGGCGCUUAUACCGCUAUGCUUGGAAGACUUUCAGCAGCGACAGCAGCUCUCGAAGCAACAGAAAUUCCAAACAUUCCAUCUGACAGCGAUUCUGAGAGCGAGCAUUCAUCUUACACCGAAAAAUCUCGAGGUAAUAGUCCAAACAUUAGCAAUGCACAUCGUGGUUAUUCCUGCGGUUCUUGUGACAUGGUUGCGCCAACAAGGCCAGCUUUGCGAAAACACAUUGUUAAUUGUCAUCCACCAGUAUUCAGCGCAGAAGCUGGAGAAAAGAAAAGUUGUCCGUCCUCGGGCUGUGAUUUUACCACGAAUAGUAGAUGCGAGAUGGAAACUCACGUAGCUUCACACGUAGCACAAGGGAUGACACCCACUGGAAAGAAACGAACUUUUGCAUUGCAACGCGUCAGGUAUAGGUAUGAAAGGGAAGAAUACAGAUGCUCAUUAUGCUCAUAUGCCUGCACUAUCGAAAAGGCAUUUCAGAGGCAUUUGAGAGCACACGCAAAUGGUAUAGCGCCAGAAACAAGAGUGAGUUGUGCUGUUUGUGGGGCGGAUAGAUCAUCGGAAGUCGAUCUGAGCAGACAUAUGAGAAGACAUCGUGACGAUCGAUACUUUUGCUGUGACAUUUGCAUCUUUCGCACAGUACAAUUAAAAAAGCUCAUUCAACACCGGCGAAUGCAUACAGGCGAGAAACCACAUCUAUGUCCACAUUGUGCAUACAGAAGUGCACGUCGUGAUAAUUUACGUAGCCAUGUAAGAAGAGUCCAUAAAAAAGAGAAUCUGUAUUGCGAUACAUUUAGUCCACGUGGUAUGUUGUUUACACCUACGAUCGAAAAAGAUAUAUCUCUGAUGCAGAGCCCGGAAUCUUCGCCUUCAUCCAAUUCGGAGUCGAUGAAUUAAU